CGUGGCGUGGGGCGGGGGGGGGCUCCCUCCCACCCGGGGCCCAACGGCGCCGCCUCCAUCUUGUGCCGCCGCCGCCGCCGCCGCCGUCGCGACAUCAACCGGCCCCGGGACAGGCCCCGCCUCCUCCGCUGCUGCCUGUUCCUUUAACAACACCCGACGCAAGGGCUUGUGGUAGGAAGGGGGCCUCGUGACAUCACUCCCAGCCCAGCCAAUGAGCAUCCAGGAGGCCCUGCCGGCUGUGACCCCCCACCGAGGACCCCCGGAGCAGCAACACCUAGUCCAUGAGGCCUCCGCUCACAGGUGGGCGCCGCGGGGAUGGCUCCGGUCGUGGAGGUGUCGGACGCCGGGCAUUGCCGUUCGUUAUUGGUGGAGUUAAACGAGCAACGGUUGAGGGGCCAAUUCUGUGACGUCACCAUCAUCGCCGAGGACACCAAAUUCCGAGCCCAUAAAAACGUCUUGGCCGCAUCCAGCCCCUUCUUCAAACAAGCUUUGGCCGAAGAACCCACCUGCCCAACCCCUGCCCAAGUUUUGGAGCUUCCCGGUGUCCAAGCCGGCGUCUUCUCCGACGUCCUCAACUUCAUCUACAACUCCCGCUUGGCCGUCCCGUCGCAGGCAGCUGCCCGCGAGUUGGGCGCCGUUGGCCGACGGUUGGGUAUCUCUUGCCUCCAAGGGUUGGAAGUGGGGACCCCCAAGGAGAUGAACGGAUCUUGGACCCCCCCCGUGACGGGGGAUCCCCGCUCACCCGCCGCCCCGGUUGAUUUAACCUGCCCGCCGCGGUCAAGCGAUACGCCGGCGGUUGCCGAACCGGUGACGGCGUCGCCGUCAUCGGCGUCAUCGUCAUCGCUGCGUUGCGGGUUGUGCGGUCGAGGGUUCAGCACGGCGGCGGCGUUGGGAUUACACGCCAAACUUCACCGUGGGCGCCGGGGUUUGGCGUGCCGGCAUUGCGGCAAGAGCUUCAUCCACGUCAAGAGGUUGCAAACCCACGAGGUCCUCUGCAAGGACGGCCAUCGCGACGGUGACGCCGUCACCACCAACACCGCCACGCCGACACCGAAACAAGGCAAGAAGGCAUUGCUGUUGCGUCACCGGGCGUUGGAGUUGAUCCCCGAGCAGGAACCGGUGGUGAAGGUGGUGGACGGGCACGUGGUCUACCUGUGCGGGGUUUGCCAACGCUCCUACAUGACGCUCUCCAGCCUGAAGCGUCACGCUAACGUCCACUCUUGGCGACGCAAGUACCCUUGCCGUUAUUGCGACAAGGUCUUCGCUUUGGCCGAAUAUCGCACCAAACACGAGGUCUGGCACACCGGCGAACGCCGCUACCAGUGUAUCUUCUGUUGGGAGACCUUCGUCACCUACUACAACCUCAAGACCCACCAGAAAGCCUUUCACGGCAUCAACCCGGGGCUCAUCUCCUCCGAGAAGACGCCCAACGGCGGCUACAAGCCCAAACUCAACGCCCUCAAGCUCUACCGGCUCUUGCCCAUGCGGGCGCACAAGCGACCCUACAAGACCUACAGUCAAGGCUUGGUGGCUGAUGGGAUCCUCUUGCCGACGGCCAAUCCGGUAGAGCCAUCGGCGACCGUCGGCGCUUUCCCAUCGCCAAGACCCGAACCGGCGUCGGUCAUCGCCUACGGGCGACCGUCAGCAUCGGUCAUCGUUCAUAGCGGGGCGGCGGCCGCUUCCGUUAUCGCCUAUAAUGGGAGGGCGGGGGAGGCAGCAGCGGUGCCGGCGGUGCCGGCGGCGCCGGCGGCGGCGCCAGCGGCCCGGCCGAUGAAGAAACAGGUGCUGCGGGAUUACAUUGAGGCGCAGCGAGCGGCUGGGGAGGCGCCGGUGGGUGAUAGUGGGACGGCGCCGACAACCCAACCGUCACCCGCCGCCGCCGGCACCGGUUCCACCACCACCGCCAGCCGUACCAUGACCUACGUGGCCAAACCGGCUUACGUGGGGACGGCGGGGGAGAGCCGGGCGGCGCCGCUUUGCCAAAUCACCGUCCGUAUUGGCGAGGAAGCCAUCGUCAAGCGGCGCAUCUCCGAGACCGACCUCCGGUUGGAGACCACCGGCACCGGCACCGGCACCACCGCCUCUCCGACUGCUCACCGUCGCACCGCCGCCACUGCCGCCUGUUCCCGCCGGAGUGGUGACGAUGACAGCGAUGCCGAGGACCGUCUUUGGCGCCCAUAUUACACCUACAAACCCAAACGGAAGACAACCGGCGGCGGUACAACCGGCGGCGGUACAACCGGCAGCACAACCGGCGCCGUCAAGGCGAAGAAAUCCCGUUGGCGCCGCAAGUUGCGCUCGUUACGGUGGUCGACGGGUGACGGUGACGAAGGUGACGGUGACGCACAGUCGGGGGACGGGCACCGGCGGCGGGAUUGGCAACACCCGUGCCGGGUGUGCGGGAAAACUUUCACGGCUUUGAGGAAAUUACGGAAACACCAACGGGGACACGAGGGGACGUCCGGCGGGGGAGGGGGGGUGGGUACAACCGGUCCCCCCACCCCCCGCGUGGGACGGCGGCCAUCUUUGCGCUUCGCCUGUAGCCGCUGCGCCAAGGUCUGUAAGACGGCGGCGGCGCUCAGCCGGCACGCCAAACGGCAUCAGGCGGAGUCGCCGCCGCCGUCGCCCGUGUCGCCGCCGCCGCCGACUGUCAUCGCCUACACCCCGCCGGCGGUGGCGGGGGUGAAGGAGGAAGGGGGAGGGGAAAAAGGGGGUGUCACCCCUCCCCCGCCGCCGGGUGACGAUAUCGCCGUCCCCCCCCCGAUUCCCGGUGACGGGGUUGACGCGGUGACGGGUGACAAGGGGGUGUCACCGUCGCCGGGUCCCAGCGGGGGUUACCCGGUUCAGGAACAACCUUUGGCUCUACUGAGGCGGGGGGGGGACCCCGAAAUCGGGGGAGGGGGAGGAGGGGGAGGGGGGCAAAGGGGGGGACCCCCCCGGCCCCCCCCCUCCUCCCCCCAGUUUCCCCCUCCCCUACGGCCCCCGGCUGGUGGCCGCGUACCCCUACCCCUUCCCCCUCCCCCUGGCCCUCAACGUGGUGCUCCCCGAAAACGAGGGGUUUUUGGGGGGGGGAGGGGGGGGUGUCCCCCCACCCCUCCCCCCCUCUGUACCCCCCACUUUUGGGUUCCCCGGAGGGGGAGGGGAGCGACCCCGGAAAGCGGGGGGGGGGGACUUGAGGAGGGGGGUGGGGGGGGUGGGGGGGGGUCCUGCCCCAUAGAGGGGGGUGGGGGGCCCCAGAGGUGGGGGGGCCCCAUAGCAUGGGGGGGGGCCCUAUAGGAGGUUUAGGGCCCCAUAGGAAAUGGGGGGCCCCUGCCCCAUAGGAAGUGGGGGUGGGCAUAGCAUGGGGGGGGCCCCAUAGGAGGUGGGGGGCCCCAAUAGGAGAUGGGGGGGCCCAUAGCAUGUGGGGGGGCCCCAUAGGAGGUUGAGGGCCACAUAGGAAAUGGGGGGGGCCCAUAGGAGAUGGGGGACCCUGCCCCAUAGGGGGAGAUGGGGGGGGUCCCAUAGCAUGGAGGGAGGGGCAUAAGAGGUUGGGGGGGGGCCCAUAGGAGAUGGGGGGGGGUCCCCAGGUGAGUAGGGGGGCUCCAGCCCUAUAGGGGAAGUGGGGGGCCCCAUAGGAAAUAGUGGGGGCCCCCCCCUGCCCCAUAGAGGAAAUUGGGGGGGGGGGUCUUCUGCCCCAUAGGAGACGGGGGGGCCCCAUGGGGGAGGUUGGGGAUCUCUCUCCCAUAGGGGACACCGGUGGGGACCCCCCCCCUUGGGACUUGGGGGGGCAGAGGGACCACCCCCCCAUAACGCUAUGGGGUGGGGGGCAGGAUCUGGGGGUGCCACAGGGACCAGUAUGGGAAUGGGGGGGGGGCACUGGGUAUACUGGGGAGGCUCCCAGUCACCUCAAACUGGGGGGAAUGGGACAGGGUCUGGGCCCCCCCCAGUAUAGGGACCCCCCCCAGUAUAGGGAAAACCCCCAGUAUAGGGCCCCCCCCCAGUAUAGCGGACGCCCCCCAGUAUAGGGGACCCCCCCAGUAUAGAGGACCCCCCCGGUAUAGGGGAACCCCCAUUAUAGGCCCCCCCCCAGUAUAGCGGACCCCCAAUAUACUUGGACCCCCCCCAGUAUAGAGAAACCCCCCAGUAUAGGGACCCCCCAGUAUAUUGGGGCCCCCCAGUAUAGUGGAGCCCCCCCAAAAUAGUGGGGGACCCCCCCAGUAUAGGGGGCCCCCCAUUUCCCCCCCGCAGAAUUUUGCACCCCCAAACCCCCAAACGGGCCCCCCCCACUAUAAGGGGCCCCCCCAAUAAAUCAGGGCCCCUCCCCCAAUAAACCGGGGUCCCCCCCACUAUCCCGGGGCCCCCCCAAAACCCAAUACCCCCCCCACCCCCCCCGCCCUUGGCACCUUACGGCAUCGCAGUGACAUUCCAGCGUGUCCCCCCCCAAAUCCCACCCCCGGCGUGCGAGGGGCGUGCGAGGCCCCGCGUCUUCCUGGGGGGUGGGGGGGGGAGCAUCCUCGUGCGAGGCCCGGGCGUGCGAGGAACGUCCUCGUGCAACGCACAAGCGCGCGCGGUGGAUCCUCGUGCAAGGCACGCCCGAGCGCGGCCUAGCCUCGUGCGGCACGUGGGCGCGCGAGGACCACGCUCGUGCGAUGCACAGCGGUGCAAGGUGUGUCCUCGUGCAACGCACGGGCAGGCAAGGUAGAUCCCCGUGCGAUGCGUCGUUGGGCAAAGACCAUCCUCGUGCAACGCACGGCUUGUGGGAGGAGCGCCCUUGUGCGGUGCACGGGCAGGCAAGGUCGAUCCUCGUGCGACACCCAUCCUCGUGCAAAGAGCAUCCUUGUGCGCUGCACGACUGCGCAAGGCGGAUCCUUGUGCGUCGCACGGCCAGGCGCCGCCCGCCGUCUUCUCUGUCGCACGGCCCCCGCCGCCCCUCCCGCACGCCCCCCAUGCGAGCCCCGCCCUCGUGCCUCACACGAGUGUGCACGGCUGGCACCGCCCUCCUCGUGCCACGCCCGUGCCACGCCCCAUCCCCGUGCAAGGCCCCGCCCCUGCCCCGUGCAAGGCCCGUCUUUAUGCAAUGCGCCCUGUGCAAGGUCCAGCCUCGUGCAACGCACGCCCGCGCCAGGCCCCUCUCACGCCCCCCCCCUCCUCGUGCAAGGCCGCCCCCACGCUACGCCCCGGCCGUGCGAGGCCAUCGCCCCCCCCCCCGCUGCGUGUGCGAGGGAUGGCCUCGUGCGAGGCUCCUCCUUGCACGGGGGUUGUUCUUGUGCAACACCCCUCCUUGUGCAAGGGUGGGCCUCGUGCGAAGCACAUCCUUGUGCAAGGCCUGUCCUCGUGGAAGGACCAUCCUCAGGUGAGGACCAUCCUUGCACGGGGCCCCGUCCUCGCACAAGGCCCAUCCUUGUGCAACACUCGUCCUUGCACAAGGCCGGUCCUCGCGUGAGGCCCGUCCUCACGCAAAGCCCACGCUCGAGCGAGCAUUGUCCUCGUGCAAGACCCAGCCUCGUGCGAGGGCGGUCCUUGCGCAAAGCCCACCCUCGUGCAAGACACACCCUUGCACGAGACCCAGCCUUGUGCAAGGACCAUCCUCGUGCGAGGACCCUUCUCGCACGAGGCCGACCCUCGUGCGAGCCCGGUCCUCGUGCGAGGCUCCCCCCUCCCCUUCCCCGUGCAAGCCCCCUCGUGCACACACACCCCCCCCCGGCCGCGGCCCCCUCCUCCCGUUUGCACUUUCGUGGCCGCGUUUGCUACUGACUGUCCCCCUCCCCCACCCCUGCCCCUCCCCCACUUGUCUCCCCCUCCCCCACGCGUGUCCCCCCUCCCCCCCCCGUGUCCCCGUCCCCGACCGCACUUUAGGGGGGACCCGCCCGAAAAAAAAAAAAGGCAAAACCAAGCAAAAAAGGGGAAGAGUGAAAAAAAGUGGAGAUAAAAAUAAGGGGGGGGGGGAAGGGAGGGGAGUGGGGGGACCCUGGGGACAGUGGGGACACCGGGAGGGGGGGGGGGCAUGAAGGGGGGGGCUCCAUGGGGGACGUCCCCAUGGGGUGUCACCAGUGGGGUGGCUUCAAGGAGGUGGCCCCAAUGAGGUGACCUCCCUGGGGGACGUCCCCAUGGGGUGGCCUCAAUGAGGUGGCUUCCGUGGGGGACGUCCCCAUGGGGUGUCACCAACGGGGUGGCCUCAAGGAGGUGGCCCCAACGAGGUGGCCCUCCGUGGGGGACGUCCCCAUGGGGUGUCACCAACGGGGUGGCCUCAAGGAGGUGGCCCCAACGAGGUGGCCUCCGUGGGGGACGUCCCCAUGGGGUGUCACCAACGGGGUGGCCUCAAGGAGGUGGCCCCCAACGAGGUGGCCUCCGUGGGGGACGUCCCCAUGGGGUGUCACCAACGGGGUGGCCUCAAGGAGGUGGCCCCAACGAGGUGGCCUCCGUGGGGGACGUCCCCAUGGGGUGUCACCAACGGGGUGGCCUCCGUGGGGGACGUCCCCAUGGGGUGGCCUCAGCGAGGCUUGUCCCCAUUGGGAUGUCCCCGGUGGAGGACGUCCCCGUGGGGUGUCCUUCAGCGGGGUGGCAUCUAAUGGGGGAUGUCCCCGAUGGGGUGACCUCAAGAGGGGAUGUCCCCAGUGGGGUGUCCCCAACGGAGCGCCUCAAAGGGGAGGGGUCCCUCAGGGGUGUCCCCAAUGGGUUGUCCCCAAGGGGGUGGCCCCACUGGGGAGGGGUCCCCUUGAGUGUCCCCGUUGGGGAUGUCCCCCUCUGAGGUGGCCCCAUUGGGGAGGGGGGGGUCCCCAGGGCGGUGUCCCCAGUGGGGAGGGGUCCCCGGGGGUGUGGCGGGGCGCCCCACAGCGGGGUGUCCCCGCGGUGUCCCCCGCGGCGGCGGUCGGUGGCGGCGGUGACAAAUGUCCACUAUUUAUCUGCAUCAGUGAGUGUUAGAGACGCCAAUAAACACCGUAGAGCUGA